AUGGAGGUAUAUCCAGCUGAAGAAACUCCAAAAUACGCAAAGAUGGACAUUGAACAGCCAAAGGAGAUGACGGACAUCCAUAGAUUGGCAUCAGUCACUCCAGGUGUAUGUCAAGACAUCCAGCUAGAUCCACUACUGGAGAAGACCACCUUGAGGAGGUUCGACAUGUUCCUCCUUCCUCAAAUUGCUAUUGUCAUCAUCAUUGGGUACCUGGACCGAUCAAACAUUGGGAAUGCUGCCGUCUUCGGCUUGAAAACAACGCUGGAUCUCAAGGGCCUGGAGUUCAACAACCUCGUGACGUUGUUCUAUGUCACCUAUAUCGUCUUUGAUAUCCCAUGGGUCGUCAGUAUCAAGAAGUUCGGCGCAAACCGUGUUUUAGGCGUGGCUCUGAUCGGCUGGAGCGCCUCGACCUUGGGCAUGGGCUUUGUGAAGAACUAUCACCAAGCACUAGCAUGCCGCCUGUUGCUAGGUUUGUUCGAAGCGGGCCUACUGCCGUGCAUGAUCUUUGUUAUCUCGACCAUCUGGAACCAAAAGCAGCAGGCCAAACGCAUCGCUGUCAUAUACUGCGCGACCACCGUCUCCGGGGCAUUCGGCGGCCUCUUCGCCUACGGCGUGCAGUCGAUGGGCACAAGAGCUGGUCUCGAACCCUGGCGCUGGCUGUUCAUCAUCGAAGGGAUCAUGUCCUUUGUGGUGGGUGGAAUGUGCUGGUUCAGCAUGCCGUACAGCGCAGAAAGGGCCUGGUUCUUGAACAAGGAGCAAUCCGAAUUCAUGGUCCGCAAAAAGCGGCGUGAUACUUUGUACAAAGGCGAAGACACCUUCAAGUCCAAACAUGUUUGGGCCGCCGUGACGGACCCUUUGGUCUACCUCGUCGCAUUCUCCCUGUUCUCGUCCUCACUGCCUUUGCUUGGGUUUGGCACUUUUCUUCCCACCAUCAUCAAAGGUCUCGGAUACACGUCUUUGCAAGCCAAUUACCUUACCAUCCCGGUGUACGCGCUGGCCACAGGAACGGUGGCCUGUAUGGCAUGGAUCUCGGAUCACCUGCACAAACGCGCCUUGUGCUUGCUCAUUGUGCCGAUCCCGGUGCUAAUCGGCUAUGCGAUUGCCAUCGGCACACCCAGUCACGGCGCCGGAUACUUUGCCAUGUUCUUGUGCGGGGCGGGAAUCUACCCAUACAAUUGCCUCAUGCUCACCUGGAUUUCGAGCAACUUGGCCCCGGACUUCAAGCGGAGCGUGGGUAUCCCGUUGGCGGCAACAAUCGCUAAUAUUUCGGGAGUUCUGUCAGGCCAGAUCUACCCGACGACCGACUCUCCCAGGUAUAUCAGUGGGAAUGCAGUCAGUCUUGGACUGGAAUUUGUUGCAUGGUGCGGAGUGCUUGCUAUGUACUUUCUGCUUAAAUGGCGCAAUGCGCGAAAGGAGAAGGCGCUGGCUGCUGGGGUGGAGAAUAAUGGCAAAGAAGGCGAUGCAAGCUUGGAUUUUCGAUAUGUUCUUUGAUGUAAGCUGUUGGAAGCUGAGCUGUCGAGCAUUUCAACGUGUGGCGUGUCU